AUGUUUUCAGCUGCCAUCAAAGGAAAUUCCACAUCAUCACGCUGUCUUCCUAACCAAAACACCUCUGAGAGUCUGGGAGCUACAGAGCUGGCUACAAACCUGUUGAGUGGAGAGGAUCCGGCCGGUGCAGAGGCUUCCCAGGUGUGUGGACCGCUGCAGGGCAGAGGGACCAUGAACAGACACCUGGUGAGGAGAGACCAGUUAAAGAGGUUGUCCCUUGACAGCAGGAUACCGGAAUACAUGGACGCCAACAAAUGCAUCGAUGAGCUUCUCAAACAGCUUGAGGAGGAGCGUCGAAAUGUCCGAAGGGAAAAGCUGGCCGUGGCUCGCCUGCAGAGGGAAGUCGCACGGAGCAAAAGCGAAGGAACAAUGCGAGAAAAGCUGAUCCACGAGCUAGAGGAAGAGCGACGCCUGCGACUGGAGAGCGAGAAGCGUCUCCGGGAAGUGACGGAGGAGUCAGAGCUGGAUCGAGCGCAGGUGGUCUCACUGCAGCAGCAAUUCUCCAGGAUGGAAGAGACGGUGCGGUCGCUGCUGCAGAAUCAGGGAGUCCUGGAGCAGACUGCUGUGGACACAGUGGACAUCAUGAAGGCCUAUAAGGAUAAACUCUCAGAGGAAGUGCAGAAACAGCACGACGGGCCCGAAGAGAGCGGCUCCCUGCCGGCGACUCAAACGGAGCCAGACCCUGGGCCGCCUGGGCCGGCGAAUGCUGAUCCUGAUGCCAGCCAAGCAGAAGAGGACAAAGACAAAACCAAGCUCCUUCUGGAGCGUCUCAAGGCCCUGGAGGACAAGAACUCUGCCUUGGCCUCGGAGAAUGAGAACCAGAGGGAGCAGUAUGAACGCUGUCUAGAUGAGGUUGCCAAUCAAGUUGUGCAGGCUCUUCUCACCCAGAAGGAUCUGAGAGAGGAAUGUCUGAAGCUGCGUACACGAGUCUUUGACCUCGAGCAGCAGAAUCGAGCUCUGAGUAUUUUGUUCCAGCAGAGGAUCAAGCCUGCCUCAGACUUGCUUCUCCAGAAACUCCACUCUCGAAUCAUGGAUCUGUCUGCGGCAGAUCUGCUUCUGGAGCCAGAGAGAAGCAAGGCCUUCUUACUUUCCAGGAAUACAGAUUCUCCUUCCAAUGAGGUUCAGUUGAAUGGAAAGUCAGGUCUCCCUGUGACCAAAUGUCUGAGCCAGCUGAGUCUGACAGUGCCAGCGCCUGUAUACCCACGCAGCAGCUGUAGCAGUAGUGAGUUGUCCCUGUCAAGUGCAUGCAGUGAAUUCUCCAGCGGCUCAUACACCUGGAAUGAUGGACGCUCCUGUGGGAAAAUGUCAUCUUUGACCUGGGAGAAGAGGCUGAGUUUGGGUUCUUCAGCCCCUAGUAACAUCUGUGCCCCCCUGGAGGAGCAGCUGCCCACAAGGCGCAAGGAGAGCCACAUACUAGAGGGUCUGAGAAAGCUACAAAGGAGGAAACACAGGUCGUUGUCAGCAUCCAAGGUCUCCAAGUCAGGCUCCAAAGACUGCAUGAACUCAAAUGAGGGCAUCUACUCCCUGGGUAUCAAGAGCAGCAGCAAAGGGGUGUCCAAGCCUACACAAGUGGGUAGAACUUUAGCUGUUGGGGGCAAGAAGUUCUCGUAUGAUUCUGAUGACGCAGAUGAUGAACUUGCACAUUCAAGCCGUGCAGAUAACAUCCCCACCAAGGACAACUGGUUUUACUGCAAGAGGCUUUCCCACAGUAUCUCAGACAGUUUAUGUAGCUGGGAGGGGAUACAGUACAGUGGAGUUGGAGGUGGAGGAGACAGUAGCUCAGGCCCAGUGACUACAAAACAGCCCACUGGUUAUGACUCAAAAGAGCGUCCUGAGAAACUCAUGAGCUUCAUUAACAGUUUUCUCCCUGAGGGAGGGCGGCCAUCAGCUUUUACUAAACUACCCACGCGGCGUUUCAUCCCUUCUGAUGCAGAGGGUCCCAAUCACCUCUCUGACGUGGAUGAUCCAGAGGAACUCAACUCUGAGUCCAGUGACAUCCGAAUGUCCUUCAGCAAGCCAGCAGAGCAAGCAGAGAGGGGCCCAAAGAGGCUGUACAGGGAUGCGGCUAAACUGCUUGCACACCAGUGCUCACGAAGGGACCAGGGACGCACCCAGUCUGCAGAUGGCAGGCCAAGGCCUUUCAGUCUAAUUAAGGAGCCUAAAGGUGCCAAAUGUACUCAGUCUGAGGAGAGCAUCUUGGCAAUAUUUGACGCAGAGGGAGAGCCUAUUGAACUUUGUGCUCAGAAACUUGCAUCGGGUGCUGGGGCUCGGAAAGAUAUUCCAAGUAGCAAGGUAGUGGCUGAUUACGCAGAGCUAGUACACCAAGAGAGACCAACAAGGCAAAAAUCAGCAAAUGUAAGAAACUAUACUGUUCUUGAAUCUCCGGAGAAGCCAUCUGAAUAUCAGAUCAAGACUAGCAAAACAAGCAAUAGCAGGGAGAGUAGUGCAGAAAGGUUGUCAAUGCAGUUAACCCCACAAAGGAAACUAAUCAAACCACUGAGCAGCCGAGCUAAUAAAGGCCAUUCCAUCCCUCCCAUGAAUGACUCUGCUGGUCCCAAGUCCAGUGGCUCAAAGAUACCCAGUCAAAAUAAAUCUUCGGGAUCCCCACUGAGACUGUCUAAGGGCACCACCACUGAACCAAGUAACAGUGGAAACUCAGGACCCUCUGGUCAGGAGAAAUCCCCCUCCUCCCCUACAGUUAAAUUGUCCAGGUUCAUCAAGAGCUCACAAAGCCCAAAGGCAGUAAACUCCAAGCUCCCCAGCAGACCAGAGUGGAGUAAGGGCUCUUCCUCCAGUUCCCCACGCCUCUCAAGGAGGCACCUGGAGUAUGCUGACAGUGGCGAGCAGCCAACCAGAGACAAACACUGUGAAACCAUGAAAAAUAAACUCAGGUCCCCUUCUCCUCCUCCUCCCCCGGGCCGCACCACCUCCUUACUGGUCAGACCAAAUUACGAAGGGUCGCCUCAGGCACAUAAAAUAGGGGUGGCUCAACCAUCCACACCAAGCACUGUGAGGGGCCCUCCCCCAAGUUACCACACCUCACUUGUACCAAAUAUGCAAGCUACGCUACCCAUCAAGGAUAAAGACUGUUUAGACCUGGAUGCAGGCUACGGGACUGCACUUGCACCUCAGAAACUGGUUGACAAAACCAGUCAGCACCUUCAAAAGUCCCCCGUCAUGACUCAGACACCUACUAAAGGCACUUCAAAGCGGAUGACCAUGAAAGACUACCUCCCUUCUGCAAACUCAGGGUGUGCUCCAGAACCUGAAAAUGCACCUAAAAGCUCAAAGAAUGUCCCUCCUCCCUACAGUGCCCUCAGAGGGUCCUCACUUCAGAACUCAUUUGCAAAUAAGAGAGGAUCUACCCAUGAAAAUGUCCCUCAGUCGGUGCAGAAGACCUCUGUUGGUUUACCUAUAUCGCUUCAGGACACCCCUCAAGGUAAAACAGAGCCACAAAAUGGCAAAGCUGUAGUCAGCCCACCCAGUUCAGUUAUGCUUUCACCUAACUCAGUGGAAAAAGCCUCAAAGACUCGUAUCCCAAUGGGGUUUAAAGCAUUUUUAAAAUCUCCCCCCAGCCAUAAAAAUAGUUCAUCUAUACCAGGCAAGCAAGAGAAAGAUCAUAUCAACUUAGUUUCCAAGGAGACUGUGACUUCCAAUGCUUCUACCCAGUGUGACAGCUUGCAGCCCGUGUACAGUAUUGAUUCACCACCCAAUAUGUCCAUUACAGAGGGGAAAGGUGAAGUUCAGUGUAGGUUACUGGAAGAGGAAGUAUGCACUGCUGUUUUACCAGAGGAUGGGGACGAUUCUGAUAAAGGGAAAAGGAGUAGUCAACUUUUCUCUAGAUCCAUAUCUGUUACUACCAAACCUCAUCUAAAGCCGGCCUUGGGAAUGAAUGGGGCCAAAGCCCGUAGCCAGAGUUUCAGCACCAACUACAUGGAGAAGCCCAACAUCAAUGCUCUGGAUGGACCGGGAAAAAUCAGAACUCAGAUCAUCACUAACUCAGGCGAAAGGGGGAACUCUCUGUCAAGACAGAGUUCCUUGGAAGUUCCCAGUGUUGGGUUAGCAGAGAGCCCUGUUCACUCCCCGAGGACGAGGCUUAGCCACUAUGGAGGCAUGACAGGGUCAAAUAGUCACAACAUACUCCCUGAAAGAACUUCUAAAUCAAACUCCAAGGGUGAGGGGUCACAGGGCACAGUGAAAGGGGAUGCAGUCACCUCACCCUCUCAAAAAGAGGUGCGCAGCUUGCCGAUCAGUGACAGGAUUGGUUUGAGGAACAUCCGUAAGCCAGCAAAAGUUGCCUCCCAUCCACAGUUUCAACCUCCAUCCUCUUGUGAAUAUAGUUUAGAUAACCCAGUGACUGCAGGCAUAGCAACAACCCCUAAUGAGUCAGACUUUAGCAGAGAAGUCAAAACCCAGACCGACUCGUCAACUAAACCCCCAGAUAUGGAGGAGAAAAAAAUCAGUCCAACAGUCUGCACUAUUGAAGAGAAAGUCAUGAUGGGAAUUGAAGAAAAUCUGCAGAAAUGUCAAGAGCAGGAGAAGGUCGCUGCUGGUGAGUCCAAACAGAAGACAGGCCCCUCACUGGCAAACUGGUUUGGCUUCCGUAAAAGCAAACUUCCAGCUCUCACUGGUAAGAAAGCAGAAUCCCCCAAGGGAAAAGAGGAGAGGAAAGAGUUAAAGAUUGGAUCAGUGCUUGGAGGCAAACAGAUGAAGUCUGACAAGAAGAAGGAUAAAAAGAAAAAUGAUAUCCAGCAGAAAGACAGUCAGGAGGCGCAGAAUCUGUCUGAGGUGAACAACAAGCUGAGCUCCAUCAUGGACCAUUGCAACAAUCAGAUGGGUCAGCUAACCAGUCAGAUCCAGUGUACAACAGCCUUUAUCGGCAAAGACCAGUUUGUGAAAGAGCUUCUUGGCAGGACCGCUGUGAAGGGCAACUUUGUGGCUGCAUCACCACCUGGGAUCUCUACACCCAAGAAACACAGCGAAAUGAAGGGAGAUAUGGAGAUUUGUCCAGAUACGGCUACCCUUCUAAUGACUCAGAAGAUCAACCUGAGGGCUGAAAAUGAAGAGGGACGCAUCCCAGACUCUGCUUGUCAAGACCACAUGCUAGGCUCCGGCUGCCAGAUGAGAACCCUGGAUAGCGGGAUCGGCACCUUCCCUCUCCCUGAUUCCGUCAACCGAGCCAGCGGUCGCCACAUCCCUAAAUCUGAAUCCAGCCCGGAUGCGGUGACCGCCGGCUCUGCGGAGCUCGAUCGGGAACCUCCCUCUUCUCACCCAGACCCCUCACAAUCCGGUGUGAAAGUGCCUUCCCUCCCAAAAACCUGCCCGCAUGCUCUCAAAAGCAUUGGUCACUCCCUUUCCGACCCCACUGUGACCUGCAGCAGCAACACCCAAGACGCCCUGAGUCGCCUGCCCAAAUUAGCAACUUCAGAUGCAAUCAGGACAAAGAGGUUGAGUCUUUGUGCCCCACAUAGCAACAUCUCAGCUUCCACAGAGGACAAAGAGGAAGAAAUAGAGAGGAAGAUGACAUCUAAGGACCAUGAUAUGGCGGGUGAAAGAGCCCUGAGAGUGUGCACGUACUCGGGAAGUAGCAGCGACACCGAGACUGAACCCGAGGGACCCGGAAGCAAUUUGGGCUCGCCACAAAGGACCCUGAUCUACAGAACCAAAAAGAAUGAAGCAGUGGACCAGAAUGAGGAGACCCUGAAGAGAAGCAGCGUGGAGAAAUCCUUGUCCAUCAUGGAUUACUACCAGCAUGAUAUGUUCUCGCAUAUGGAGAAGGACAGCAAGAGGAUUUCCCAGUACAACUUGUUGCACAAAGAGUCAUCCCUCGAUGGCAAAGCGGGAGACCGACUUAGUAAGGAGAUCCCCCAUGAGAAGACGCCCGUCUGUACAAACCAGCCGGGCUCUCUCGACUUCUCCUUGGAGUCCCUGAACAAGCUGAAUCAUAGCAGCUCCAGCAGCGGCAGCCUCUAUCCGGACACAGGAUUAGGAGGCCGCAGGGGUGACUGCCACACCGAUGCGGGGAGGAGCGGGGAGGACUGCUGCAAGGUCGACGAGCCCUCCUCUUCCAGUUUCUCCAGCAAGCCUGGGGGCGACCCUGUGGGCUCCCUCAGCGACUCGCUGUACGACAGUUUCUCCUCCUGUACCAGCCAGGGCUCCAACGAUGUGUAG